AUGUCAGAUUUUUAUUCAGAUGAGAAACUUCGUCAGAAAGAGUUUUAUGAAAUUAUUUGCAAAUUAUUUAGUAAAGAUAUACAAAUAAAAAAUGAAAUUGGCAUUGGUAGAUGUAAUCCAACUACCCAGGCGGUGGCUUUCUAUGCAAAGUUUUAUACCCAAAUAAAGUAUCAAAAAAUACUCAAAGGAUGCAAUUUGCCAUGCUUCAUUAUAGGAUUGGCUGGACCUUGGAUAUGCAUAUUAGGGGCUGUUUAUGUUGAGAAACCACUUAUUGAACCUCUAACAAGCUUUGAACCUUUUAUCUUUACUAAUGAUCGAAUUCACUUGGAUAAAAUUGCAUGA